ACAGCUGUUCACUGAAGUUUUCGUGUUAGAAAAAGAACAUCCAUCAAUUAGGGGAGAAGACAUGGUAACUCCGGUAGAGCUGCCAGACAUUCAGAAGGGUCAGAUUCUCAGUUUCAGUCUUCCAGUUGCUCAUUUUUUUCUCUGUUAAUGAGACAAGACCUCACUGGAGUGGAGAGAGUGUCACGUAACCCUGAUUUAGAAACAAAAUCUGCGAAAAACAGGCAACGAGUUGGACAAACAAACGUCCCUUGAGUAAAGGACCUUGGAAAUGACUAAAGUUCAGAUUUUUUUUUAAAGUCAUUAGUGAUGAACUACCACAAGCUAAAGGUAGCGGUCAUAGGAGCAGGGGCAAGCGGUCUGUGCGCUGCUCGCCACCUGCUAUCCAGGCCACACGUUUUCGCUCCCCCUGUGGUCUAUGAGCUGUCUAACUGUGUUGGAGGCACUUGGGUUUACACAGACAAAGUGGGAAGGGAUGACUACGGCCUGCCUAUUCAUUCCAGUAUGUACAGGGAUUUAAGGACUAACCUUCCAAAAGAAGUCAUGUCCUUUCCGGAUUUUCCAUUUGAUAGUCAACUCCCUUCUUUCAUCCAUCAUAGUGACGUGAGGUCAUAUCUGGAACAAUAUGCUGAUCACUUUGAAAUUCAGCCCCACAUAAAGUUUCGUACACAUGUUGAACUGCUGAAUCCUGUUUCUGGAACCACUGGAGAUGCUUGGAAUUCAUGGGAAAUAACAUCUUUGAAUCUGAACAAUCAUUGUCGUAAUACAGAGAGAUUUGAUUCUGUUAUUGUUUGUAAUGGCCAUUAUUCUGAACCUUUCAUCCCACACAUUCCUGAAAUUGAACAUUUCAAAGGACAGAAAAUGCACAGUCAUGAAUACAGGUUUGCUGAGCCUUUCACUGGGAAGAAUAUGGUUCUGCUUGGUGCUGGUCCAUCUGGAACAGAUAUAGCAUUGGAAUUGUGCUCAGUUGCAAAGCAAGUUGUCUUGAUACACGAUCAUUCACUGAUAACCUCAUCAAUGCCUCCAAAUUUCCUGCAGGUCAAAGGUGUGAACAGAUUUUCAGAGAAAGGAGUGAUUUGUAACGAUGGAAUUGAAUAUCCUGCAGAUGUAUUCAUGUUCUGCACUGGAUAUAAAUAUUCUUUUCAGUUUCUUGGAAAAAAUGUUUGUUUAGAGGUCAAAGAUCAAAGAGUUACUCCACUUUACAAACAUAUUGUUCAUACAACCUUUCCAACUCUCUUUUUUAUUGGUUUAUGCAUGACUGUUUGUCCUUUUCCUUUGUUCCACAGCCAAGUCUUGUUUGCUUUGGCAUCUUUAGAUGGUACCUAUAAGAUACCACCUAAAGUUGAAAUGGAUGCAAUUACAGAGCAUGAAUACCAGUUCUGUUUGCAAAAUGGAAUUCCUCACAGACAUUUUCAUAAAUUGGAUAGUCGUCAGUGGGGCUAUAUUGCUGAGUUAGCCCAGUUAUCCAAAACAGACUCCAUACCACCUGUUACAAGGGAUUUGUAUGAAGCAAACAAGAAAUUUAGAAACCAAGAUCUGUGUAAUUAUAAAAGGUUUAACUACAAGAUAGUAAGCCAUGACACAUGGAUAACAGUGAAGCCUAAACCAUUAUAAAACUGACAGUCUGAUGGAUGGAAGAUGCAAAUCAAAGGAAUGACAAUCAACCAGCUAGAUAUGUUAUGUGGAAACAAUAGUGCAGUUUUUCCCAUCUUUUCAUUUGGAUUUAGAAGAUCUGCAGUGUUAAAUAUACAGUAUAGAGGGAAAAUGGGCAAAGAUCAUGCAUCGCAUGAAAGUCUGUCCAUUUCUUGUCUAUAAAUUUAAGUAGAUGGAAUAUUAGGAAUACUUGCUCAUUUAUGAUAUGUAUAGUCCUUCCUGUAGUUAUUUUUUCUUCUGUAUUUGUUGUACAAAAGCAAGCUUACUUACCCAACUGAUCUAAAUGGCCAGCUGUAGUAGCUGCAAAAUGUGUUCAAUGUGUUGUGUGUGCAAAUACAAAUUAUUAGCAUAAAAAUGCAAAGAAAUACUGUUGCAGAAUACCAUUCAAUCCCAUUUCUUGUAAAGCCUUAGGAACUAUGCCAUUGCAUCAAUUUGUUAUUCUUUUGCUAAAUGUUACUUGCUUCUUUUUGUUGCCAAAGUUUGGGAUAAAUCAUUGAUCCUGUAUAAAGAAGUUGCUUAACUUAGACAGAUGGCGGAGAAUCAAUUGCGGUUUCUCAGAAUUACACUAACAAAAUUCUAGAAAGUUUCAAGCUGGUCUUGAUUUCAGGUCAAGCAUGUAAGAAUAAAGAAGAAAUACGAGCUAUGAGGUUUGUAAAAAUCAUAUAAUUAAUUCUUUAUUAAAUGGGCAGCCCUAUAGAGAGCAAAUAAACCAAACAUUACACAAGGUACCAAGACACCAAUUGGAAUUUUGCAUUCAGUGGCAAGUAUAAACCUCAGCUGGGUGUGUAAAUAAUCUAUACCCUUUGGCCCUGAUCCAUAAACUAUCCAUCAUACAAAAUAAAUGGGUCAGCUGGUCUACAUCAUUCAUCUGUUAAAGGCUUUAAGUACUGUUAAAAAUGGAAUAAUCUAUUCCUUGCUAAUUAGCUAAAAUAUUUGCACAAACACAAUGCCAUGAUUUACCAAAUCUGUCUUAGAUUGCCAACAUGUCUUAAAGAAUGCAUGCACCAUAUUUUCUACAGUAAACAGAACAUAAUGAAUAAGCACAGUCAUUUUUAACGGUUAGAUCUUUCUCUCCUGAUAUUGGACACCUAAGCCUCCACGUUAAUGACCAAUUUGAUAUUUUCCCAGCCAGAAACCACAUGAAGAUGAUGUGCUGGAGUCUACAAUUCUGCAAAAGUAUUUGCAGAUAUUAUAAAUAUGCGUAUCGUUGUUACAUGCAUAUCACUUUUCACUUUACAAGCACACUUCUUUAAAUUUUGAGAUGAUCAGCUGUAGGACUCUUUCACAGUAGCAGCCAUCCUGGUUCUAUUGAAAGACUGGGAUUCUUUCGCACUGCCAAUAAUCAUGGAAUCAUACUUGAGCAGAAACAGGCUUCCUGUGCUGGAAAAUCAUUACUGAUUUUCAUAAAAUCUGCAAGCAAGAGCUGAUGAUGUGAUGAUGUAAUUAUGAUCAGCUUUCAUUGGAAACAAUCAGAAUGAAACAAAAUUCUGUUUAAGUAGUAAGCAUUUAACACGUUAAAAUUAAAAUAGAAAAAGUCAGUUUGUUUUUGAUGUUUUAUGUUUAUAUUGUCAAAAGUAGCAUUCUGAAUAUUAAAGCAAAGUAGUGCAGGGUGCUUGAACUAUUAUGAAACUUUGAAAAGUGAUUAAUUUGAAAUAUUAACUCUGCUUCUCUCCACAGAUGCUUCCAGACCUGCUGAAUGUCUCAAGUAUUUUUUAAUUAUAAAUAUUAGUUGGAUACAGUAAAAUAAAAUUUGACAUAUAAAUUUCUUUGUAAAAAAUAGAAUAAAUUCUUGAUUACAAUA